GCCGGCAGUUGCCAACUUGCCAUGGACUCAGUCGUCGGAACCAGCUAGCCUAUGGACUGGAGCACCAGUCAGCAGCACCAGCUGCCAUGGAUGAGCUCUUCUUCGGCAGCUGCUUGCCUCUAGCCGCUCUAGUAGCCACGAUCUUCCUCUCCUUGCUCUUCAGACUGCUGGCGCUGGAUGGCAAAGAAACGGCCGGUGCAAGGCUCCCCCCGGGGCCGUGGAACCUCCCCGUCAUCGGCAGCCUCCACCACCUCGCCGGCGCGCCCCCGCACCGCGCGCUGCUCCGCCUGGCGCGCCGGCACGGCCCGCUGAUGCUGCUCCGGCUCGGCGAGGUGCCCACCGUCGUCGUCUCCUCCCCGGAGGCGGCCGCGGAGGUGAUGAGAACCCACGAUCCCGUCUUCGCCAGCCGGCCGCAGGGCGCGAUGGUGGACGUCGUCGGCUUCGGCGGCAAGGGCAUCAUCUUCGCCCCCUACGGGGAACACUGGCGGCAGAUGCGCAAGGUCUGCGUGGUCGAGCUGCUCAGCGCCAGGCAGGUGCGGCGCAUGGAGCGCAUCCGGCAGGCCGAGGUGUCGCGCCUCGUCGAGUCCGCCGCCGCGGCGUCGGCCUCGCCGGCGGCGGUCAACCUCAGCCAGGUACUGACGGCGCUCGCCAACAACGUCAUCGCGAGGGCGGUGUUCGGCGGCGAGUGCCGGCAGCAGGAGGCGUACCUCCGGGCGCUCGAGGCGGUGGCGACGUUGGCGGGAGGGUUCAGCCUGCCGGACCUGUUCCCGUCGUCACGGCUGGCGCGCUGGCUGAGCUGCGCCGCGCGUGAUCUGAGGAGGAGCCACGCCCGGGUCGUGAGCAUCACCGCCGGUAUCGUCCAGGAGCGCAUGGAGAAGCGGAGGACCACAACUCCCGUCGCAGAUGCCGACGUUCAAGACGAGGACCUGCUCGACGUGCUUCUCCGGCUGCAGGAGGAAGGAUCCCUCACCUUGCCCCUCACCACGGAGAUCAUCAGCGCCGUUAUCUCCGACAUAUUUGGAGCAGCUACGGACACCACGGCCAGUACACUAGAAUGGGUCAUGGCGGAGCUCAUCAGGGAUCCACAGGCCAUGUCAAGGGCAACGUGUGAAAUCCGACAAAAGCUCGGCCAGGGAAGAGUCACUAUUACCAACGCAGACCUUGGCGACCUCCCCUACCUAAGGAUGGUCAUCAAGGAGACUCUAAGGCUACGCCCAGCUGCUCCGUUGAUUCUUCGUGCCAGCCAAGAAAACUGCCGGAUCAUGGGCUACGACAUACCCAAGGGUUCCCCCGUCUUCAUCAACACCUUCGCAGUUGCGAGGGACCCAAAAUACUGGGACAAGGCCGACGAGUUCAGGCCAGAGAGGUUUGCGAGGAGCACGCCGGAGUACAAGUGGACAGACAUCGAGUUCAUCCCAUUCGGAGCUGGGCGCAGGCAGUGUCCGGGAGCUCUGUUCGCGACCACAACCAUGGAGCUCACACUGGCGAACCUCCUGUACCACUUCGAUUGGGCGCUUCCUGAUGGCGCCGACCCGAAGGCCCUCGACAUGAGUGAGGUGUUCGGGCUCACUAUACGCAGGAGAUCCAAUCUCUGUAUGUUGCCAGCCUUGCAUUUGCCUCACUAAGUGGUACGAGACUCAUGUAGGGACCCUAUGUUUCAGCAGAAUAAAUGUGAUGAGGUCACUAACAGCAUCCUCUGCCGCGA